AACGUCAUACCCAGGAAGCGGCAACGAGAGGAUCCCGCACUCGAGGACCUCGAUAAAGACACGAAGAGUUGUUCUUCUGUUUAUUCGAUUUUUGAAAACAAGCUCGUGUAUACUUUUUAUCGAAGCAGCAGUCAGAUUUUUAUUUACAGUUUCUCCUCGAAGGAUUUUCGACUAGUGUCACGAUGCCGAGAGGAGGUAAAAAGGGCCACAAAGGUCGGGGGAAGCAGUUCAGCAAUCCUGAGGAGAUCGAGAGACAGAUGCGAGCGCAAAGGGAGAUGGAGGAAAACAGUGGUGCAGAGCGGGAGAGUGGGUCUGAGGAGGAAAGCAGUAGUGAAGAUGAAAAAGAGCAGAAGAGGAGUGGAGUCCAAGGGUUGAUUGAAAUUGAGAAUCCCAACCGUGUCUCCCAGAAGAGCAAAAAAGCCGCAGAGGUCGACGUCAACGCGCCGAAAGAGCUCACACGCAGAGAGAGGGAGGAGAUUGAGAAGCAGAAAGCUAAGGAGCGCUACAUGAAGCUGCAUCUGGAAGGAAAGACGGAUCAGGCCAAGGCAGACCUCGCCAGACUGGCUAUUAUUAAAAAACAGAGAGAAGAGGCAGCGAAGAAGAGAGAGGAACUGAGGAAAGAAAAAGAGGCACAGGAAGCCAAAACCAAACGUUAAGGCUCGUCCCCAUCCUGAGGACUCGGUUAAUGGGGGCGGGAGGGAAGGGACCAAAUUAAUUAGGGAGACAGCUCAGGGGUGCCCAAACACUGUCUUCACUGGCAGGGACAGGCAGCGAUUUGGACAUUCAGAGUCACAUCACAAAAAUUGGGGGUUAAAGACAUGAACUCAAUGGUCUGUUUAUUGGUACCUAAAACAGGGAGCGAUCGGCAAGACCAGGGUGUCCUCAUGUCCUUUCCCCCCAUACCUCCGAUGUGUUCUGAUCCUACAGCUGCAAGAGUUUACUCUUAAAUUUGCUCUUUUUGAUAUGUUUUAGUAAAGUUUUGAUUGGGUUGUUGGCCAGGGUUGCGUUCUUAUUGACGUAAUCUGGCAUGUUUCUAGAGAGUAGGGUAGAGUAAUGAAUGGAGAAACACUAGCAAACUUAUAGACCACCAUCUGCUCAUGUUCUGACCUUAUUGCUGUAUGUUGUUGUUUUUUUCUCUGUGGAUAAGCUACACAUGAUAAGCACCCUUUGUACUGAACAAAAUGUUUUUGCCCCACUUUAAUUUUUUUAUUUUUUGCAUGCUAGUUGCAAGAUGUAUCCAACUUCUCACAAAUGCCGGUAAUGCUACACCAUUUAAAAAUAAUUGAUUUAUUAAUUUUGAAUAGAAUGUCAGCAGUAUUAUGCAUACCUAUUCAUGUUAACAGUAUGUUUGGUUAUAACCAGAACUUUUUACUUCCCCCUUUAUUCUGCUGUGCUUACAUUUCUCAGUAAAUUUUUAUUAUUUUAUUUUUAGUUUUUUUUAAAAAAAUAUAUAUUUUUCUGCUCAUGAACUCAUAAACAUACCUCUUGUAUAUUAGGCCGUGUUCACAACUGGUAUUAACAUCUGUCUGGAGUGAUCGGAAGUAUUUUCAUGCAUGACACGGUGGGUUAAGUGGUGAUUUGUAUGGAGUUCACACUACAGAUGUUAUGUGGUUUGAGGGAUCUGAUUUCAGUGCAUGCCUAAAGAUGCACAGGAACACGUUUACACCUGUUCGUGAUGCUUUCUACUGAUCAGUUCCCCCAGCGUGGAUGCUAAUACCUGUUCUGAACAGGGUCUCCUAUGCUUCAGUUUGUUGGUGGGACUUGAAUUGCCUUGAAUAUUAGGGGAAGCAAUAUUACAGUGAUGCAAAUGAUUAAACAUUCAGCUCAGUUUGUAAAGGAAUAUAUUUACAAAAGUGUUUAAAAUAGUUGUAAAGUGUUCUCCAUGACUGAAAUAUUUACAUGCAUUAUUGAUAGGAAGCAAUUGUAUGUUUAUCCUGAUUUGAUUUUGUGGUAUGGUAAUAAAUACAUUAGUACAAUCA